UCUACUCAAAAUAGUUGAAAUGUAAAACAUGCAUUCAUUAUAAAAUUUUGUAAAUCCAACACCCAUUCUUCCUCAAUUUCCUGCCCUUUCUUUCUUUUGCUCAUUCAAGUUUAACUAACACCCAGGCUAUCGUCAUGAUUUUCAGCAACUUCAUCACGGAACCGUUCAUCGUCCGUGAUGCCGAAGGUCAGGCUUCCGAAGAAACAGAUCUUGAGAAGGGAACUCAAGUUCUUCAGAGCAAUUCUGAUUUUGUAAUGGAUGUGUUCAAUAAGCAGAUUCAAGAGGCUGAGAUACAAGUGGAUAAGCUCUCUGGACUUCUUAUUGACUUGAAGACUUUAUUGAAAGAUGCCAAUGAGGAAUCGAAAUCUGCCACAAACACAUCAGAGAUAAAAGCUUUUAAGAAUCGGAUCGAAAAGUAUAUCGAUGAUGUGGGAAAGAACACGGGUGAAGUUAGAGGGAAGCUACAAGUUAUAACCAUAGAUAACGUAUUCCAUAGGCAGAUGCCUGGGUGUGAGAAGGGAACUGCCUGUGACAGAGAAAGAAUGAAUUUGACAAAUGUGUUGACUAAAAAGCUCAAUGAAGUGUUGACUGAAUUUGAGGCCCUUCAUCGAACAAUUCAGGAUGAGUAUUGUGAAGUUGUGGAAAGACAAGUGAAUCCAGUUACAGAUACAAGAUCAGAUGAGAUGAUCAUUGAUCACCUUCUAGAAACUGGAAGCAGCAAGCAAAUAUUCCCCACUACAUUUAAACAAACUGAAGGUGGAAAGGUCACAGGAACUAUGGAAGAAAAGAUUCAAGAGCAAUUUAAUGUCAUUAAAGAAUUUGAGAAAAGAUUCUUGGACGUGUAUCAGCUUUACGUGAAAACGGCUAUUUUAGUAGAGGGUCAUGCCAAGGUUUUGGAUAACAUGGAAAAUAAGGUGAAGGAUGCGGUUGAUCGCAUUGAAAAAAUCGAUGAGAACCAGAAGAAACAGGAACUCAAGAAUAUGUCAGGAAACAACCUAAUGAAUUACUACUUAUACUUUAUGGUGGUUUUUAUAAUCAUUUACAUUCUGGAAGCUUCAAAGUAAUGAAAGAGGAAAUUGAUGGAAAUGAUACCAAAAAGUGAAGUCAGCUUAACUGCUAAAAGAAUGUUGUUUGCUUGAAGAAAUGUCAGCUCUCUCACCAUAUAAAUUUUAUUUCUAUUUUUUUUAAGUUUAUAAUUUAAAUAAGAGAAGCAAACCAGAAUAUGAUUUGUGUUUAAAUGUGGGUGUUUUACGCGUGUGACUUUCAAAUGCUAUUAGAAAAAUAUUGAACUUUGUUGCAAAAGUAAACCUAAAAGAUUCUUUAUUUUGACA